AUGGCUACUUUACAAGGAACAGUGCCUCGAAUGAUGCGCCCUGCGCCAGGCCAGAACUACCCCCGCACUGGAUUCCCUCUGGAAGGUAUGGCAUAUUAUUUUACUUGGAAAAUCUUUCUAGAGAGUUGCAAGAAAAACUAACUCGUCAGCUUGGAGGCAGGUUAUAGCUCAUCUUUGUGAAAUAUUAGGAAAUAUUAGGCAAUUGUGUUUUCGAUUUGUUGUAGCUCAUCUUUGUGAAAUAUUAGGCUAUUGUGUUUUCGAUUUACCUAUUGAUUUAUGCCUACAAGGACAUUGAAAUUGUUGUUUUAUAUUUCAGAGUAGACAGCCUAACAUUGCUUGACAGGCCUACAUGUUGAUUUUAGAAGUAUAGGACUACUUUUAAAUGAUUAUUUAUAAUGUUUACUUUAUGCAAAUGUUCAAUGACAAUAUGGAUGAUCAACAUUUGACUUCAUAUAAUUUUUUAUGCGUAAUAGACCUAUCCUCCUGUUUAAAAGUUACCAAACCAAUGGUGACAUUGUUGCUAAGAUAAUUUUAUAAUUCAAAUGAUAAACUAUGCGAGGAAACAAAAUAUAUAUCUUAGCAUAUGCGCGGAAAAAUACCAAUUUGUAUUUGCAUGUAUUUAUGGGAAUCGUUCCCAGUCACAGCGAGUUCGUUCGUGCUCAAGAGCUUUUAACGAAAAUACACAAAACCACGUAGCUUGUAAGUUACUGAAGCUCCAGGAUUUGUUGAAGUAUCUUGCUGCUGCAAAUGGAAAUAAAAUACACAGCAAAGAGAUGGCUCAAAGGAUCACAUCAAUAUUUGUACAGCAUGACUAGGAAUAAUCAAGGUGGAAAGUGCCACACUCUUUAGUGCCUCUUGAAUGCGAAAUUGGAUGCUCAAGUGCUCUAUGGCUCUAAUUAUACAUCCUGCCAGCCAGGCUGACUGGGAAUGAGUUUGUCUGCGUUCUCUAGUGAGAAUGGAUGGGCUGUGGGAUAUGUUUGAAAAGUGCCUAUAUUAUGGUAUAGUAUCAUCAACGUUACUGCUAUUCGACACGUCUAUACAAUUAUUAUUAGGCUAAUGUAUUAUUAUCAUGGUUGGGACGACGAUAAUGAUGAUGAUGAUGAUGAUGAUGAUGAUGAUGAUGAUGAUGAUAAUAAUAAUAAUAAUAAUAAUAAUUAUUAUUAUUAUUAUUAUUAUUAUUGUUAUUGUUAUUGUUAUUGUUAUCAUUAUCAUUAUUAAAGGUAUGUGUGAGUAGCCUAUAUGAUUGAUUGCAUUUAGGCAUGCAAUUGAUAGUCAAGAACUAUACAGGCCUAGGACUACUCAUUUUGUAUCUAAUUAUUGUCUAUGUGAAAUAACUAUCGGUAAGAUAUCAAUUAAUUAUAUAGCACCAAACCAAUUUCACAUCAACAUAUGUAAUUGUUUAUCCUUAGCCUAUUUUCACGUUACCCUCUUUGUCAUUGCAUUGUUGUCUAACUUGAUCUCUUGCGCAUUAAACUUUAACAAUAUCAAUAUCAUCAGGACAAUAUGCAGGACCUGAAUAUGUUUAUUGUGGAACAGUAUCAACCCCCCUGGGCCAAGGUCGGGUGAACCAGCUCGGUGGAGUGUUCAUCAACGGGAGGCCGCUGCCAAAUCAUAUCAGACACAAGAUAGUAGAGAUGGCACACCACGGCAUCCGACCCUGCGUAAUCUCGCGACAGCUACGAGUUUCCCAUGGUUGCGUCUCCAAAAUCCUCUGUCGGUACCAGGAGACCGGUUCGAUUCGUCCCGGGGCUAUAGGAGGCAGCAAGCCCAGGGUGAGUGGAGGACUAGUCUCUACAUUAUUUCACAAUCGACAAACUUCAGAUACAGUCUUCUUCUUCGUUUUCUUCUUCGUCUUCUUCAGUUAUCAUGUCACGUGCAUUUUACGCACCUGCAUGCAUGCAUGAGGCAACCUUUUCAACAUACAAACAUAGUUAGGACUAUAGCCUAGAAGUUAUUACUAUAGGUAUUGCAUGUAGUAAAAUACAUUCAGUUUUGUGUGGGUACGAUUUGUGAGGUAGCCUAUGAAGACAUGAACCAUAGGCCUACAUCUCGAAAACAAAAAAGUCACUAGGCCUACAAUCAGGAAGUCGUCUAUAGGCCUUGGUUUGAAAUGUCGAAAGAAGGCAUGCGCCUCCAUUUCAAAUUCCCCCUCAUGGAAACAAGUAUAUAUUUCAUCUUUGUUAUAUGUGUUUGUAUCCAUAUACAUUAACAUAUCAUGUUCUUCAUGUGACUUAAAAAUUGCUUCGACUUUCCCCUCUCUGUGUUUGGCCGUUGUACAUUUUCAAACCCACAGCAGGUAGCAACUCCCGACGUGGAGAAGCGGAUUGAGGAGUACAAGCGAGAAAACCCCGGGAUGUUCAGUUGGGAAAUUCGGGACAAGCUGCUGAAGGACGGGGUGUGCGACAGAAGCACUGUUCCUUCAGGUGAGGCUUCAUCUGGUAAGCAACUUUUCCUUCUUAUGGUGAUUACUGUAAGACUAUAGUCCUGUAUGCACAUAUUUGGUAUGCAGUUUUCACUUCUUUUACUUCUAUUUUUGUAACUUCAGAAUUGUUCACCUUGUCUUGACAUGAACCUAUAAAUAUGAAGAAAUAUAUCAUUCAUUUAUACACAAAAGUACUAGGACUUCAAUGUAAUCAAAGGCCUAUUUCGUUUUCUCUCAGUCAGUUCCAUCAGCCGAGUUCUGAGGGCCCGAUUCGGCAAGAAAGAUGACGACGACGAUUGUGAUAAGAAGGAUGAAGACGGGGAAAAGAAAACAAAGCAUAGCAUCGAUGGCAUUCUCGGCGAUAAAGGUAGGCCAACAAAGAAAAACGUCUGUUUAUUUUGCUAUAAAUUGUGACUAAAUCGUGUCGUUACUAUUUGUGGUAUUAAACAAUAAUACAAUGUAUGGUAGCCUAUAAACACACUUCCAUAAUAAUGCUCUAUUAGGCCCAUGAUUAAUUAUUCCAAUAGCAGCAUCAUCAACAACGAUUAUCAUUAUUAUUAUUAUUAUUAUUAUUAUUAUUAUUAUUAUUGUUAUUAUUUUAUAGUUAUUAUUAUUAUAGUUAUUAUUAUUAUUAUUAUUAUUAUUAUUACACUUUAGUAGACCCUAUUCCUAUUUUAUAACUAAUCAUUAUUAUAAUCAUUAUUACUUGGAGGUUAAGCUAUUACAGUUGUUAUUUGUUAUCAUGUUUUAUCGUUUUCAACUUGGUCAACAAUUUAUUUAAAUGUUUUUUUCUAUAUAUCUCUUGGGAAAUUCUUAUACAUUUAUGGUAAAUCGGAAGAGCCUCUCGCAGAUUGGUGCAUUCAUUCCUGCUUUUAAAGUCCCAGCUAGUCCUUACUCAAUUACUCAAUUAUUUAUGUGAGCCUGACGGAAGGUAUUUAGCUCCAGAAAAUUAAUUUGUGUAACAAAUUCCUCUCGCGCUCAUUUAACGAUCCCCCUAAACGACAGCUGACAGUUGACCCAUUUGACAAUCAAUGUCAGUUUAGUGGCUCUACAUCUCUUGUCAGUUAAACUGAGACGAAGAGGGCAACUUCUCUGCAGCCAUAUCCCUCUAAUACUCAUGGCAAUUAUAUUAAGGCAUGGACACAUUAACUAGUUGGUAACACACGUUUUUCAAACAAAUAGUUAACAUUUAAAAAUAACAACUCUUAUUGUGAAUGUUAUUUUUAACAUUAGGUAAUAGGAAUGCACGACAUUAUUGAUUUAUUUAGCUAAUCUUUUAAGAUAAUUCAAAUUCAUUGUUAAUUUAUAUUUUUGUAUAAGCCUAUAUGAAACAUUUCAUUCAGUUAGUAGGUUCGUGCUAUUGUGUCACUUGUCAGUGCGUUCUCUGUCAUUGAGUAGCCUAUAUGGAGAGAGAGAAAAUCACAGUGCUUAUACAAACCUUUCCUGAAAAAGACAAAGGUCGCCCUUUAAGAUGAUCAAACAUCCUUGAAUAGGGUUUAGAUAAGAGUGCACAAAAAGCUUUUUCCCAUAAAAGACACUGCCAAACUUCUUCAAACUUGAAGAUGAACUUCAGUCACACAACCUCUCUCCUCCAUUGACGCUUUUCUAAAGUGAAGAUUCCAAGGUACAAAGGUAAAUCCUAGAAAGCAGGGCAGCAAAAGGGUCGGUCCAUUCUCAUUCAAAAACCCGCAAAGAGAGAGAGAGAAAAAAGUGUGGACAAAGGGCAGGGUAGAUAUAAAGGGAAAUGAAUUAUUCAGUACACCCCGCUGGUAGAUAGUUUUGUAAUAUUACGGAAUAGUCUGUUGGAGGAGAAAGCGCAUUUGAUGGUGCAAAACGGUUCUUUCUUUUUUUAAUGGCUUGUGUCCAUUUAUUCAUUUAGAGGUCGGACCAUUGUGUUUCUUAGCUGUGUAUGGUGUGCUUAAUCAUGGAAACAUUUUAGUUUUUCCGUUUGUAAACAGAUAUGCUUAAAACUUCAGGCAAAUUGACUUAUUGUACAAUUUCGGAUUCUGAUUUCGAAGAGAUUUUAUCAUGUUGCAUUCCAAGGUGAACUGUUGCCGAAUGUUUUAAGGUGAACUGUUGCCGAAUGUUUAACUGCAAUCUUAAUCUUAUUGCUAUUUUUUUCUGAUAAUGAUUAUAUUCUUAUUCAAUGCUUUACACACGAAUAAAAAACAGGAGUCCGUUUACCACGUUUUACAUCGAACAAUUUAGUCCGCCCUACAUUCUGAUAUAUUUAUUCUGAGAUAUGAAUUUGCUUGCAACGGUGUCACAUCAGAAUGUUGGAAACCUCGCAUAAUGAUCGUGUCAGAUCUGUCCUCAAUAGGUUAACUCAGAACACCAAACGUGCCUUUUAAUUCUAAAAAAGAUUCGUCUUCUCCCUAAUGCAGUUUACCAUCCAAAUGGUUUUUAAUAACGUUAAGACUUAUUAGAGCAAGUAGGCCUAAUGGUAACGCUGUCUGUUGAAUAGGCGGCUGUGUUGGAGUGGGGUGUAAUAGCUUGCAGGCAUGGUAAGAAAUGUAUUUAUCCCCAAUCAGCCCCUCACUCUCUGAAUUUGAAGCACAAACGUUAUGUUGAAGGGUUUUAAAGCAGAUUAAAUUUAGCCUUUUAUUUCUUUUCACUUUCAUCUCUGAGCGGGGCUCACAGUCGCUCGCCCUGGGCACAAAUUCAUGAGAUUUCUGGUUUACUUCAGAGAUAUUUAGAUGUAUUAAAUGUAUUUAUUUGUUUAUUUAUUUGUGUAUUCAUUUAUUUUAGUUUUACAUCACAUAUGUGUAAUCUGACGUGAUAAAACAAGUAGGCUAUUUAUGUAUAAUUUCAAGCAAAUUACAAUAGGCUAAGGCUAAAUAAGGGUAUGGAGAUAGAUCACCAUGGUGUGUGGAGAUUUGACAAAGUUAUACUGCACUUCCACGUUUGUAAACGGAACGCAGGCUCAUUAUCUAAUUUUGAUAAGAAUAUCCAUCCAUAUAUGCUUUCCACAAUUAACGAGCAUCCACCUGCCAUCUUCAAUAAUGCAGAGUGAUAGUGAGGGGCUGCGAUGAACGUGCCAAGUUUAAUUAGGCGACCAAUGGGGUGAAGGGGUUCCACAAAACGCCAAACGUGCAUGUUCUCAAUCCUGGAGAUAUUGUUUGUGCAUGAAUGGUCAGACCGCCAGGGAAAGAAUGAAUCCGUCCUUUUAAAAAGGACCAUCUGCAAUUACUAAACCAACAAACGGUCCUCUGUAGCCUGCAUGAAUUGGCAAGGUGGAGGCAAUGGACACUUCAGAAAAUCGUCGGAUUACCUGAGGUUCUCAAUCUAAUCAAACAGAGGCCAGACUGGCUUUCUGGGCGUUGGGAAGGGAUAAUGAGAGAGAGCAUCGGAGAGCCACUGUGGUGUCAGGCAAUCCGAGGCUCCGGGCUCGCUUUCUCUGUGCAUAUUCAAUUAAAUGACCAUGGGUGCCGAUUAAGAACAAGGUUGUUUUAUACAAAGGGACAGAAAAGAAUCACUUCAUCUAUGAGAUAACAGAAAGGGUGUAGCCUUUUUGAAAUGACAAAAAAGUUAAACAAGUUAAAACGUGUAAAGACCAAAAUAAAGAAGCAUUCAAAUUAGUGAGUUCUAGGCGCACACACACAGACACACUCACGCACGCGCACGCGCACGCACACGCACACGCACACGCACACACACACACACACACACCCUCUAUGUCUACGAAAUAUAAUGUAGCUAUAUUUCGGGGUCUAAAGCUGUGCUGAAUGAGAAGGACAGGGGAAUGAAGCGAGAACCCACUUCAAACAAAUCCAUCUGGAAUAGGCUAGCGUGUGAGAGAGAUUUAGUGAAAGUAUGGGGAAGUUAUUUAGCUAUUAUUUUUCCUCAGGCAUUGAGAGUAACUCCAUCUGCACUUUCUUCCAGCUAUUUGGCUGGGUUGAAAUAGAGGGAUACCCAAAUGUUGGGCAGAGAUAA